GCAUUAUUAGUUUCUCCCUCGAAUUCGAAUUCUACACUCUUCUCUGAACUGUUCAUCGAGAGAUCAAAUCAAGAUCACCGCGAAAAUGAACGACUCAGAUGUAUCUAAGCAGAUCCAUCAGAUGGUGAGCUUCAUCCGCCAAGAGGCAGAGGAAAAGGCUAACGAGAUCUCAGUUUCUGCCGAAGAGGAGUUCAACAUCGAGAAGCUUCAAUUGGUGGAGGCGGAGAAGAAGAAGAUCAGGCAGGAGUACGAGAAGAAGGAGAAGCAAGUUGAUAUUCGUAAGAAAACUGAGUAUUCGAUGCAGCUGAAUGCGUCUAGGAUUAAGGUACUUCAUGCUCAGGAUGAUGUUGUUAAUGAGAUGAAAGAAUCAGCAUCCAAGGACCUUCUGAGUGUGAGCCAUGAUCACCAUGUGUACAAAAAUCUUUUGAAAGAUCUAAUUGUUCAGAGUUUGGUUAGACUGAAAGAGCCUGCUGUCCUACUUCGUUGUCGCAAAGAGGAUUUGCACUUGGUGGAAUCUGUUCUGGAUUCAGCGAAGGAGGAGUAUGCUUCUAAAGUGAAUGUUCAUCCUCCAGAGAUAUUCGUUGAUGAUGUUCAUCUUCCCCCUGGUCCUCAUCAUCAUCAUGGUUCUUUUCAUCAUCAUGCUGAGGCUCAAGGACCUUUCUGCUCUGGAGGUGUGGUCAUGGCAUCUCAAGAUGGAAAAAUUGUGUUUGAGAACGCCUUGGAUGCACGUUUGGAUGUUGCAUUCAAUAAGAAACUUCCAGAGAUCCGCAGGUUACUUUUCGGUCAGGUUGCUGCUUGAAGGUUAAGAUGGUAUUGUUUAGUUUGUCAGCAGCUUUCGUGAUCAUCAUAUAGCAUAGUGUUGAAGUUGUUUCUCGUGUUGUUGUUCCCGGAUAAUUCGUUUGGUAGAAGUAAUUGAAACUGCUGUUCAAUUGGUACGUAUAUAAUUAUGAGGGAUAGUGAGUACUCUUUCUAUAAAUAAUGAAUAAAAUUUGUUUU